UCAUUGAAGUCUACACAAAUCAAUCUAGUUUCUUGUAUUUUUGUGCAAAAAAUCCUUUAUUUGGACGAUGAUAGCAAAAAACACGGCUUCUAAUGAUAGCUCGCGAGUGGACGAGUCUGCUGUGAAUUAAGUGCUGGCGCCGUUACUAUGAGUACCUCCGAAUUGGACAGCCGAAACAUUGCGAUUUCCAUGAGAAAGUCGGUGGAGAACUUGGUAAUCUCAUCGCAGGAUGCCAUAGGGCAGAGCAUCAGCCAGGCCCUCACUUUCUCUGGAGUCAUCUCGCAGCACACCAAUCAGAUCUUACAGGAAAAUAGAAAUCUCUCCCGGUCACCGUCUCCUUCUCUCCGCAACACUGACGGCAUAGAUCUUCUAGAUAAUGACAAGUUGAGCGAGACAGCGAUACACGUUCCAUCGCACCCGGCCGGCGACACGGUGUCCGUGUCCAGCGCCAGUGAAGUCAACCUCGCCUCGCUGCCCGGCAAGGACAACCCUAAGCUAACCUCCCCGAACCCUGCGCGCGCCGACUCCGCCGGCCGCACCAAGAAGAAGAGCUGGUACACCUCACUGUACCCCACAUACAAGAGCAAGUCCGAUGACUUCAAGCGGCUGUUCAAGGAUCUACCAGAUGACGAGCGGCUCAUCGUCGAUUACUCAUGCGCGCUCCAGAAGGACAUUCUGGCGCACGGGCGGCUGUACGCAUCGCAGAACUACCUCUGCUUCUACGCCAGCAUCUUCGGCUGGGAGACCAGCAUGACGCUGCGGUGGAAGGACGUCACCGCCAUCACCAAGGAGAAAACCGCACUCGUAAUCCCAAACGCGAUCCUAGUAUGCACGGACGGCGAGAAGAACUUCCUGACAUCAUUCUCCGGCCGCGACAAGGCGUACCUGAUGCUGUUCAGGAUCUGGCAGAACGCGCUCAUGGACCAGCCGAUGACCAGCCAGGAGAUAUGGCAAUGGGUGCACAGCUGUUACGGUGAGGAGUUGGGGUUCAAUUCCGACGACGAGGGCUACGGUCGCGACCUGCCAGUAGACAUCGUGCCGCCAUUGCCCGACGCCAUCGAGGAUCUGGUGGACUCGUCGUCGAUGGAGGCGGGCGAGGAGCCCCGUGCCGUGCGCUCCGAGCGAAACAGGGACAGAGACUCCUCGCCGCCCCUCGUAACGAACGGCUCCGGCGGGUACGCGGGCGGCGGCGGCGGCGAGGGGGAGGGGGACACCCUGCCCACCGACAUGUCCGACACUAGCGACAGCGAGGACAAGCCGCAUAGCGCAGCGGAGAAGUGCUCAUCCCCGCACGAGGGCAAGGUGCUGCUGCACCAGCAGUUCCCCUUCAACAUCGACCAGAUGUUCACCAUGAUCUUCACCAGCUCCAAGUUUAACCUGGAACUGCUGGCGGCGCGGGGCGCCCGGGACUAUGUGCAGGCGCCGUGGCAAGCGGCGGCCGGCGUGAAGUGUCGGCAAGUGAGUUACGUGCUGGGGCUCACGUCGGGCCCCAUCGGCCCCAAGGAGGUCCACGUCACCGAGACACAGGUAAUGAACAAGUGUUCGAAGCCCGGAGCGUUGUACUCGAUAGACGCGACGAGUGAAAACGCCGGCAUUCCGUACGCGGACUACUUCACCGUGGAGGCGCACUACUGCCUGCAGCGGGUGUCCGAGCACGUCACUGACUUCGCCUUCUACGGACACAUCAAGUACAAGAAGAGUGUGUGGCCGAUGAUCAAAGCAUUCCUGGAGAAAAACGCGAUGUCAGGUCUGGAGGAGUUCGCGCGGCUGAUGGAGUCGCGGGUGGCGGCCGAGGCGGACUCCGCUGCGCCCGCCGCCAGGAAGGCUCGCAGGCAUCGCCGCGCCACCAGUGAGCAUACACUACCCUCUACCCCUUUACCACACUCCGGACACUUCAUAGUUGAAUCGGGGCCAGUGUCGUUACACGCUGUCGUUUGUGACAAGAUGCGUCGCGGACACAUUUUUGCAGAGAUUGCUCCGUCGUCGGCGGAGCCGGCGGCGGCGCUAGCGGCGGGCGGCGCGCCGACGCUGCGCGCGCCACGGCGGGCGGCGCCGCCUCGCGGCCGCGGCGGCGCGCUGGCGGGCGCCGCGCUGGCGCUGCUGCUGGCCGCCAACGCGCUGCUGUACUGGCGCCUGUGCCACCCGCCGCACCACCACCACGACUGGCACGACAGGAUGGAGAAAGUGAACACCCCAGGCAUGGGCGACUGGUCGGCGCUGCUGGAGGCGCACACGCGGCGCCAGCGCGGACAGCUGUUGGCCUGGAGGGACGCCCUCGAUGCUACCGUCGCACAUCUACACCAGACAGAGCAAGCGCUAAGAAAGCUGCUCGAAACUAUAGAGCCGUCACUGGCAAAGGCGGAGGAAGAGGCAGCUAUGGAAGCGAGCGGCGAGGGAGACGGGAGGGAGCAGGACGACGCUAGUGCGAGACCUCCCGAAGAAACCCCUCCACAGCCGAAGAAUGAACUGUGAACAUCAGGGGGCGCACCCCUGGUCAACGGUAACGAAGGGGAUCGGAGGUAACUUAGCGCUAAGCGACGCGGAUAAGUUAGAAACGUGUUGAGAGCGUCAAGUAUCUUGGAUACUCUAAGCAUUCCUUUUUGACACACCCUGCUUGUAGAAAUUCAUUGGUGCCAAUUCUGGCGUACACUUAACCUUAUUUUGACAGCUCUUGAACCAGUGCCGUCCUUCACUUACAAUAAAUGUAAGGUGAUGGUGUUAGUUAUAGUCCUGUCAAAUUAAGUUGGUGGUUUCCCGAAUUGGCACCAUUAUUUUAAUUUGCCCUCAUCAGGCGGGAAGGUCGAAUGUCAAAAGGUAUUCCUUUUUUAUUAUGCAAUACUGACAAACUGUGCUCUUGUUGCACUGUGGUUAUUUGUAGGAGUAGGAAAAUAACAGGUGAUGCUGCUUAAUUUGCUUAUGGGUGUAAAUCCAGCACACGAUAGGAGGUUCAAUACAGGAAUCUCGUUGUUACUACGUGGCGCGUGCAUGCGAGCGAGACAGACAACUCACGCGCGCUCCCUUACUCUUCAACGGCUUGCGGACAUUUAGAUAAAGUGAGGGGAAGAGGGGUUUAUUUUUUAGUCUAUGGUCUUAGUUCAGUGCUACUUAUCUUUCACGAUACGGCAGACUCGUCUAAUCGCCAGACAUUGCUUUUUUGCAGUCCUUUAUACACUUUUGGCAUCAAAAAUUAUUGUUUUACACACAAACGUCUUCGCUUCACGUUUCUAACUGGAACCACGUUUUAUAGUACACUUGAGUAACUUUAUUCGUCGGAAUCGAGAAAGUGACUAGUUUAUCAUAAAAAUACAGCUUCGGCUCAUAUUUUAUACGUAGGUUGCCAGGAGCAAAUAAAUAAAGAUAUUCAAGUGCAAUAUAAAUUAUUUAAUAAUACAUUUUAACGUAAAUUCUGCUAGAGGUUUUCAUCGCGGUUUCAAGGUAUUAGGAUAUUUAUUUCAUUCCCUGAAGACUAUAUUUGGUAGUUAAUAUAAUUUAACAGGUCUAUAGAGACGCUAAGUUUACUUUCUGAAGCGCAAUAGACGCUAUUCGCAGCUUAUACAAUUACCAAAGAUUACGAUGUAAAAUUGUAACAAUUUCUUUAAUGAAUUCUUCACAUGCAAUGUAUGUUUUAAUCAUAUUUAUUAUACCGAGUAUUUAUUAUUACAUAAACAAAUGUAUAAACGCAAUAUUUUAGAAACAAUCAAGUAUUGUCUUCUAACUGAUGUCUUCAAUAUGAAAGGAUGUUUAACAUUUCAGUCGUACAAUAAAAAUAGAAACCACAAUAUUAUAGACUAUGCAAAAUCAUAGAUAUGUAGAUCAUAACAUAUACAUACCUAAAUAUAAAUGAAAUAUAUUUAUAAUAAAUACUAAACACAAAAUGAAUAAUAUAGUCUGUGUAAUAAAUUUAAAAAAUACGUUUCUGUUACGCAAGACACGCGAAAAUGUUGAAAAACUAGCAAUAGACGCACCGCAUCGCACUUUACUAUGAUUCUAACCUUUUCUGUCACACACAACCAUCAUUUGCUGGAACGAGAUAACGCGGCGGAAUCAACGAGGCGGUCGGUGUGCGGUCGCACUCCCGCUUUAUCUCGCUCUAACAAGUGAUGGUUCUGUGUGACAGAAAGAGAUAGCAUAGCAAAUUGCGAUGCGAUGUGGCUUAGUUCAACCCUAAGGGUAUCCUCAGGCGUUGCGCAGACCUUGGAUAAUAUCGGAUCUGACAGUUUGUCCGGGACAGUACAACGUAUAGAGCGACAAGGACCUUUGGCACGUGGCCAAACGGACUAACGCAGUUUCCUAAGUACUCCCACUGCAUAAAAUAGGGUAAACAAGUCGAAUCAGUUACUUUUUACUCAGCUGAGACUGCCCUCAAGACCAUGCUCAAGUCCCUGUUUUUAUAUGAGAACUGUCACAUUGACAUGAUCUUGAGGGCAGUCUCGAAGCUGAGGUUAGUUUAUCAAUACAACCCCCCACAUGUUACAUUUUUCUUGAUUAAAUAGAAAAAAGAAAAGGUUUUUUGUCACCUUUAGAUCUGUCUUUAUUUAGUAAUCGGAAUUUCAUAAUUUAUCUUUGACUUAGGAAAUUACCCAAUUGUCAUAUUUUCGUGUCUUUUUCCUUCUUUUUCUUUUCUUUUUUUGAAGUUUCCCGGCACAGGCAUUGUUAUGCUUCCUGCUACUAGUCCCUAAUGUAUUCCACUGUUAAUACAAAUAUGCAAAAUAUUUGUUUUUAUUUUUUUCAUUUAUUUAGCAGUUGCCGGACAUAUAUUUCUAUAUUCUAUUGUCACGCGCAUAUUGUUCGAUCCACUGUUGUCUAACGUUUGUGAUUUUAGGUAGUCUCGCAACAGAAACGCAUCUUAACACGUUGACAGUCCUGUGAUCCAUAUACGGGCCAUGACGGACUAGCUCCAUACGUCCGUGACCCAUACAUGGGUCGCUAAGAAACGACCAAGUACGCACUAAGCUAAGCUGGACUGGUGAUCCACUUGGAUCCUGGGGUAACUUAGCAAAGGUUGAAGUAAUAUGCGGGACUUCCAAGGAAGUCAAAAAAACAUUUUGUAUGGUGACUGUCAACGUGUUAACAGCAAAAGCCUUGCCAUACAGCCUUAAGGCAGUUACUGAAUCUUUCGUCCAGAUAAGACACAUUUAGGUACAAUAAAAGUAACAAUUACAAUACUAUUUGAAACCUUAUCCGCCAUAUUUUUAACAUUCCAUUCCAUACUAUAUUGAUGCUUUUUCUUAUAUAAGUACUCUAUAAAACUCAACAUAAAAUAUAUAACAUCUAUACGACUUAAGGCUGUAUUACUGGCUUAAAAUAAUCUGUAUGAAAACCUCACAGACCCUACUGUGAUAGACGUAUAUAUACGUUAGUUGUUUCUUGACGUAGACGCUGGCCGUUCGUUAACGUAUCGCAAUUCUGUACACGAGUGUACUGCCAAGUUUUGUGAUUUCAACGUUUAUAUCGCCAAAUACUGGAGGGCUGCAAACACUUAUAGCUUUUAGAGUAACUACAAUUGCAAAUUCAUGCUUUAUCUAUAUAUAAAUAAGCUAAGAAAUAGAAUAAACUUUCUUUAUUUCUAAUUAAAUGGUCUAUAUUAGCACCGAAUGUUCGUAAGCACUUUAAUAUUGUAAGCAAAAGAAAUGCUUUCCUGUGCAACAGCUAUUCCAGUAUUUGACAUUUGAGAAUAAAAAUCGUAAAGUAAUAAAGUGUAAAGAAUAAUUAUUAACUAAAUAAGAGGAUUUUCAUAGCUAUAGCCAAUGAAAUUACUACCUUGUGUCCUAUUGCCCAGACAUGUAGAUACAAUAAACUACAAAUGAGCUUAUAAAAUCAAUAAUAUUGAUAUACAAAAUGUAUAUGGUAUCGUUAUUGCAAAUUAUCAGUCAGACAAGGUAGUAAGUACGAAGCAUUUAAUGCAUUAAUAUAGCUUACCGAACCUACGUUAACAUACACCAAUGCAUUUCUCUAUAAACAGCUAAUUUAAUAUGAAACUGGAGUAAACAAUAAUGUACUAAAUAAUAUUUUUAUGACGAUCAAUAAACUAAAAAUCAAUAAGCAAAGGACUUUUACGAGGUGCUUUUUGACACAGCUACUAUACAAUCGCGCCAGACACGCGGUAGCGUGUCAAGCCAAGUUCAAGAAACAGAACUGGCGAGCUGCACCGUGUGCAUUACACGUUACAAUUACGUUGCAGUUACAUUAGUGCGCACCCCUUUCCUAUAUUUCUUGUUUCGCAAUGUGGAAUUGCAAGAAUCGCUGAAAAAAAUCACCUUGUAAAAAUGUCUAAGAAGCAAAAAUGGCGCCGAUUUUGGAGAGACAAAACCUAAUUUAGUCUGCCAAAGCUAAAAAUAUUGCCAUCUUUUACUUACGAUAUGUGCAAGAAAGAGUUAGAGCUAGUUUUAGAACUAAUUUUCUGUGUCUGCUAAAAUCGGCACCAAUAUCUGUCUCCUUCCAAAAUUAAGUUUGAUCAGUACAGUGCUGCUUCAGUUUCUCAGUCGGUCUUCAGCCAGACGGAUUACCGUCACGUCAUAUAAAAUGUUGUAGGCAGUUAAAUAACUUACAAUUAGUUAUUAAGUUCUUCGAGGGUUUAAAAUGUUUAGAUGUAAUUACAGUCUUACCACAGAAAAAAACAAGCGGUCAACAUUUGAGCAGUUUAAAUAUUUGACAACCAAGGAAAGUUCAAUCAUAAUUUGAAAAUUGUUAUUUUUCUUGGCUGUCAAAUUCCUAACCACUUUUCGUUUGGGUUUUUUGUGGUAACACUGAUAAAGUUUGGAGUGACCUGUAGGUUCCCUAGGUGAAUUCCUCAUAAAUGUUUUUCCUAUAGAUACAAAAUUAAUUCGUAAGUUGUGUAAAUAAAAUUUAAAAAUAUAUCGAUUGUUAAGAAUAGAGUAUUAAUGUUAUUCAUUAAUUCAGAAAAUAUAUGAAUUAUAUAGUAAAAUUUCAGUUGUAACAUUCGAUCUCUUAUUUUUACAUAGUUUUAUUUUUCGGUGCUUAUUUUGUUUUAUAAUUAAUCAAGUUAUUUUUGUAUCCCAUUCUGAAUGUGUCAAUUAUGUAUAUUUAUAGCAAUAUCCAGUUUUAAUGCAUUGUAUUAUAGAUUUCAUUCCAUGUUAUGAUCUGAGAAUUGUUAAUUUUAUCUGUAUGAGGGUCAAAGAUUAAAUUCCUAUUAGUUUUUAGUAGAAUGUGCAUUUCGUGUGUCGUAAGUCUUGAUUUAAAGUUCUAACUACCAAAGAGUGAUGUUGACAAAGAAAGUAAAGUACUUACGGAUAACGAUGUUUGAAACAACAGUUCAUACCUGGGGGGUUAAAGUGGCCACAACGAAGCAAUUCAUCUAAGAAAGCAAUAUUGCGAUUUGACAAAAUUCAUCUUAAGAAAGCAAUGCAAACAAAUGUCAAAUCGAUGUGGCCAUUUUAACUCCACUGCUGUUUUAACAUGUCGGGCGUUUUGAUUUAGGCUGAAUGAUGAAAAAUGUAGAUUGAUUACUAACGGGCUGUGAACACUAACCCUAAAGCCACUCAACACAUCACUAACAUUUUCAAUAAGGUAAAAUAAUAACAAAGAUUUAUGAUGGUAGAGUCCGCGCCACGAAAGUCCCGCGGCCGCGUCGCAUUAUCUGCAUCAGGGCUGUUAUGGAUAUGAAAUUUCGGAUACGGAUAAUAAAUUAUUCCGUUAGUUUCGGAUAAUUACGGUUAAGGAUAUUUUUUUUAAGGAAUUUCAAUAGUAAAAUACAAAUAGAUACCUCAUAAAGUGGUUUUAUUGAUAACUACAAAAGUUAUAACGACAAGUUAUAAAUAUGUUAUGACGACAAAAGAAAAAAACAAACAAUGCGCGCGGCUUUUGUCUCGGCCGACAUUAGCAGUGUCCAGCCGAUCAUAACAACUUGUCAUAACGUGUCUCAAUUAGGAUCCGCCCCUAUCCAAUAUUAUCCAAACUUUUAUUUCAGAUUCGGUUACGGAUGAUUUUUUAUAUCGGAUAUCCUAGUUUCGGUUACGGUUACGGAGCUCCCUAACAUCCCUGAUCUGCAUAUAAUUAUUAAACCUUAUCAUUUAGUUCUAUCAAAAUCCGCGGUACUUGGAAUGGUGUGUACUCUACCGAUUCCAGCAGACAAGUUUAAUUUUAUUUUCGUGUGCCAGUUCUAAAAAUCCUCCUGCAUUUGCUAUAAAUGCAAGAAAAGGAGAGCUAAUUUAACUGUCAAUCUAAAAUGAAAUUAAAGUUGUGUCUGGCGGAAUCGACAUUUUUACAGAGAACUUUGCCAGUGCAGAGCAGACUACGAUGGGAAUGCACAAAUUCCGUACUAGAUGUAUGAACGGUGUGUUACAAUAAGUUAGAUAGACAAUUCUAUUCUCAGUAUUUGAAUAAAUACAGAUUUUAACGAA